CGCUGGGGCUGGCUGGGGUUGCGCUGCAGCCGCUGCGCCUGACAUUGAGUGGCGAGGCACAGCCAGAGAGAAUCCCAGCCACGAAUAAAGACCAGCGCCUGAAAUAAUUUUAUUUUUUUUAAAAAAGGGAUCGCAUUUCUUCCUCCUCUUCUUCGCAUCUCAGUCUCGGAAGAGAGGGGGACAAAGGAGAAACCGUCGGGAAGCUUCUGCCUUGCAGCGUUUUGUUUGAUCGUUAAUUUUUUUUUAAUACAUAUUUAUUUUUCCCCCUUGCUCGCAUGUGCAUUGCGCUGCAAGGGCUGGUGAGAACCAAAGGAAGGAGAAAAUUCACUCCACGCCAUGGAAAGCUGAGAGCAUCGAUCUUUUCCUGUCCUUGAUUGCACUUUGUGUCUGAUCAAAGGGAACAAAAAAAAUCGUUGCAGCGCGUGGAUCUUUGUGUGUCCCCCUUCGUGGCAACGGCGGCGCAUUUCGUGUAUAAGACCCUCUCUUUCCUCCCUUGAAAUUGGAACUCGCUUGCAAGGGGAUCCAAAAAAAACCCCUCAUGACCAAAUCACAUCUCUAUUGUCGGUGGAGCUUUUCGCUGACCCGCUGAAGUUAAAUGCUCCCUCGCUAUUUUUUUGUUACGUUUCUGGAUGGUCCUCGCUAUCAGGAAAAAGGCUCAGACGCCAUCUACAGUUAAAACGGAGGCAAAAAAGAGAUUUUUUUUUGGUCUUUAUUAGGCAGCGAGAACAAUCGCGUGUGGCACCAGAUCACCUAACACCCCCUCCCUCCCUUUUUUAAAAUCGUAUUAAAAAUUUGACGGGCUGCUUAGGAAAGAAAUAGCAGGAAGGAACCUACUCCCUUGCCGGCUUUGAAUAGCGGGGUUGCCCGCUUUGCAAGCGCGCACGUUUGCCGAGCCGACGCACUCCGGGGUCCAGAGAAAGGGUCCCGGCGGUAGACUCGACCGCGCCGGGUUCGGCUGGGCAGAACCCCCUCCGAUCGACCGGUCGCUCCACCGCCGCCGCGUCUCUCGCUCCGCUUUUUCAUCCGGGCUGAGAUCCCUUUGGAAUCAAGCUGCCCUCCCCGGCAGGCGCGAAGGCAUUGUUCCCGCUGGCCCCGUGGCGAGUGACUUCAGGCAACCCCGAGGGCUGCUGGUGCUUUGGGGGGGUUCCUCGGAGGGGUUUGUUCUCUCCAUCCCCAUGAACAUACAAAGGUCAACCCCCAUCACGAUCGCGCGCUAUGGCAGACCUCGGAACAAAACCCAGGAUUUCGAGGAGCUCUCGUCUAUAAGACCCACCGAGUCCAGCCAGAGUUUCAGCCCCAACCUCGGCUCGCCGAGCCCGCCAGAGACUCCCAGCUUGUCGCAUUGCGUUUCUUGCAUCGGGAAAUACUUACUGCUGGAGCCUCUGGAAGGAGACCACAGUUUCCGAGCCGUGCAUCUGCACAGCGAGGAGGAGCUGGUGUGCAAGGUCUUUGACGUUGGCUGCUACCAAGAGUUACUUGCGCCAUGUUUUUGUCUGGCUCCCCACGAUAACAUCAACCAGAUUACCGAAAUAAUUCUUGGGGAGACGAAAGCGUAUGCGUUCUUUGAAAGGAGCUAUGGGGACAUGCAUUCCUUUGUCCGUACCUGCAAGAAGCUGAAGGAGGAGGAGGCAGCCAAGCUGUUCUAUCAGAUCGCGUCAGCCGUGGCGCACUGUCACGAGAGCGGGCUGGUACUGCGGGAUCUCAAGCUGCGGAAAUUCAUCUUCAAGGAUGAAGAGAGGACCAGAGUAAAGCUGGAGAGCCUUGAAGAUGCAUAUAUUUUGCGAGGAAAUGAUGAUUCUCUUUCUGAUAAGCAUGGAUGCCCGGCCUACGUGAGCCCAGAGAUCUUGAACACAAAUGGCAGCUACUCUGGCAAGGCAGCAGACGUGUGGAGUCUAGGAGUCAUGCUUUAUACAAUGCUAGUUGGACGCUAUCCUUUUCAUGACAUUGAACCUAGUUCUCUCUUCAGCAAGAUCCGGCGCGGGCAGUUCAGCAUUCCAGAGACUCUAUCUCCCAAGGCAAAAUGCCUUAUACGUAGCAUCCUGCGCAGGGAGCCCUCAGAAAGGCUGACUUCACAGGAAAUUCUGGACCAUCCUUGGUUUUCUACAGACUUUAAUGUGUCUAAUUCAGGAUAUGGUGCUAAGGAAGUAACAGAUCAGUUGGUGCCUGAUGUCAAUAUGGAGGAAGACUCGGACCCAUUCUUUAAUUGAGCGUUAGGACCCAAGUUUCGAGAGUGCGUGGUCUUGGAAGGGACCGAUAUGAAGGGAGUCCUUUCUGAUCAUGCAGAAUUAUAAUCGUGGCUCAACCUGUCAUGAUAGCAAGAAAAAAACAACUUGGAGGUCUUUCUUUUUCUUUUCUUUUUUCUUCUUUUUUUGGUUGGAGAAGGAAUGUCCGAGAAAUGAGCUAGUUGAUGACAAUGUAGCAUGACGACUGAUGGGCAGGCAGGAGGAAACAUUGCUAUCAAGUUAGAUGACAGGGCAAAAGAAGGCAGCAUGGAGCAACUGUAGCUUCUCAUUUUUACGGAGCCAAGGACCCUGCACAUCCAAGUUCCCGUGCAGCCACUAAGCCACUCCUGAUUCUGUUUCAUUCAAACACUUAACAGUUCCCAGUGAAUAGAAACUUUUGCCUCAACUUGCAUCUUGGCAUCGCACUGUUAGAUAUUUAACUUCAGCCAUUAUUCAGGGAAGGUUCAAUUAGCUGUUAUUCAAUUCUAAUAUUUUGGUUUCCCUGUUUUUCUUUUUUAGAAAACAAACUGAUGUUAACAGUUAAAACUGAGUUUAAUUAUUUUGAAGGGGUGGGUGGGACAUGCACAAAGACAUGAGAAGUGGGUGCUACACAAAGUUUUAGUUCAUGUCUCUUGAUAUAGCUAUUCACAAUUCUUCUAAAUAAACUAUUUAAUUUUUUUGCCAGGAGAGAAAUGUUUUGUGAACGGGUGUCACUUAACAAGCCUUUAUGAGUUGGUUUGGUCAAAUGUUUUUUUUUGUUGCAGGAAGCAUUUCUAAGUCAGACUUCCGGAUGUAUUUGACUGCUCAAGUGAGGAAAAAAAGAAAAUAAUUCUUGCUCUUUUUCAUGUUUGAAAUGCUGGCUUCUGUUUUACCAGGCUGCACAUAAAGUUGACCACAGAGGACAAACUCCCCCUUUUGAAUAACUUUUUAAAAAAGGAACUUAAUCCUGGAACCAACUUUUCCUCUGACUGCCCCCAAAUGUGAACAGAGGGGCUCUUUAUUAUUGAAGAAAAAUAAUACAUUUCCACCCCCUUCUCCGAUUUCCUGGAAAGGCAACAUCUUGGGUUUCCUUUUUCUUUCCUUUCUUAAAAGAAGGAUGCUGUUUUAGUUUUCUCAUUGAAUUACCCUGAAUAUAAUAUAAAAGGGUAUUAUUAAUAAGCUGAGCAUUCUAGGAUACAAAUCUGUCUCCUGAAAAGUACAUGGUAAUAUGCACCUUUUGUAUUGUCAAGAUUUAUUUAUUGAUGAAACUGUCACAGUUGUGAUGAAUUAAGCCAGUACUUCAAUUACGGGUUGACUUGGGGUGACAUGUUACAUGCGGUAGUUAACACACUUCUUACAUUUUUUCUCUUCAAGUAUUCCUGUCCCUGAAUACUUUCUUUUUUAAUUUUAGCUUCCCCCUCCCUUUCCUUAGAGAGCUUUCAUUUUGAUUUAGACCGACAAAUGAUUUUUUUUAUUACUGCUUUUAUAUUGCUGUAUGGUAUUUGGGGGAAACAACACACACAAAUCUCUUGGCAUAAAUAUUUGUGUUUCCAGUACCUCAGUUGUUCUGAUGUUACUGCCUGUAUGCGUUUUUGUAAAGUGGUCAUGUUUUUUGGGUAGGUACAUGUGGACUCUGUAGUAUAUAAAUGUUACUUGAAUUUUGUGCUUAAUUAUAGUAUGUGGCAUGUGUGUACGGCUACUUGGCAUUUGACAUAUGGAUGCUAUUUGCCUGCCCUGCAGGAAGAUUUCGAUCCCACUCUCAAGACGAUGGUUCACAGUUCCUUAUCAAGAAACAAAGCUGCAGCUGACCUGCCUUGGUUCUAUUUUGGUAUCUAAGAAUAUAAAGGAUUAAUGUUUUUACACUCUGAAGAUGGUGCUGUGUUGAGGGACUUUUUUUUUUAAACGUUUAUUUUAUAAACUUGUAGAAGGAAAGAUUGGUGAUGUGCAUGGUGGGAUUUUACUGCCUCUGGUGUUUUUGUCUUGUAUUUGGUUUAAUGUUUUUGUCCUAAUCUCUUCAAUAAACAAAAUUGUGCAUAUUUAACUAAA